AUGUCCAAUAACAUGGCAAAGAUUGCAGAUGCCCGUAAGACAGUGGAACAGCUGAAACUGGAGGUCAACAUUGAAAGAAUGAUGGUGAGCAAGGAAUGGUUACAAGGCACAAGCGCUGGAGUCCCAGUAGUAGAUUCUUUUUUAAUCUCUUCAUGUUACCGAAAAAGCUGAAGAUUCUCAGUAACUACAUAGUAAAUAGAGCACAUUGGCUUUUCCCCACUCUCCAAUCUUGUUAACCAUGUUUUAUAUGUGUAGGUGUCCAAAGCAGCAGCUGAUCUAAUGGCAUUCUGUGAGGCUCAUGCCAAGGAGGACCCUCUGGUGACACCAGUGCCAUCCUCUGAGAACCCCUUUCGGGAGAAGAAAUUAUUCUGUGCAAUACUCUGA